AUGGAUGCAAAAGUGACGCCCGAAAAUAGCUUCGAAUGGAUGCUAUUUUCUCGUCAGGUUAUUGAGUUCAACCGGGACAGUACACUAGCAUGGGAAAUAAUUACAUUAUGGAUCUGGCUUCAAGAGUUAGGAAUCCCCCAGGUUAUUUUGAAGCUAUUAACAUAUUCGAAUGCACUGAUUCGUUUUCUAUCAAAUGAGACACUGGUAUGCUUGGAUUGUAUCAAAACAGGUAGAAUUCCUGCCCCUCCUCUUAAUGAAAUCCCAUUCAUGUAUGUCCUUACAAAUAGAGGCAUCUCUCUCCAGUUUCUUCAUAAUAAUAGAAGGCAAGCAUUGGAGGGUAUGCUUAAAAUUAUGGAGAAUAUCUAUGCUAGAGGAUUUGAGGACAUUGCAUGGCAGGCAUUGACUAAUUCAAUCCAACCAGCAUUGUCUGAAAUCAGGACUAUUGUCACCAGUUUAGCAACCCAACCAGUAAUGACUCAAAUCUUGUGUAGACCCAUCGGCAUCAUCGGGGGAGCAACUCAUAAUUAUGGCGGAACAAUGGUGGUAGAUAAUAGAGAAAGACUCAUGAUAAGGCCUUUUGGUGAGGGUAGCAGUAGAGGGGGAAGUGAUAAUCGACUCAUGAUAAGGCCUUUUGGUGAAGAAGGUAGUAACAGUAACAGGGUGUUUGAUACUACUAUACCAAUACAAAUCAGGCCCUUUGGUGAAGGACAGUCGAUGAAUCAAGCCCUCCUAUCACCUUUCACUGAAUCAAACUUAUGUGGUAUCACAAGGCAAUUGAAUAUCAGGGAAGAACCAGAAGUGGAAAGAAGCAUGUUCAUGACAUUCUCGAAGGGAUAUCCAGUUUCAUUGAAGGAAGUACAAGAUUUUCUUACCCACUUGUAUGGGGACUGCGUGGAAGCAAUUUACAUGGAAAAGGUGGAUCCCUCUACGGUGCAGCCAUUAUAUGCACUGGUGGUCUUUAAGCAGGCUUCAACAAUUGAUACAAUUCUUAAUGGCGCAGAGAAGGUGAGUUUUACUAUUAAUGAAAAACAAGCCAUGGUAAGACGCUGGAAACCAAAGUGA